AUGCGUGAGAGUGCUCGCGGGGUGCGGAGCCAGCCGUCGUGAGUCCCUUGUGUCCGUUCGUUGGUUUCGUUUAAUUUUUAUUUGAUGGAUAAAUCUGUGCGGGUUACAUAAAUUUAAAUGACAAUAAACGACAAAACGUCACAGUGUUAAUCAAGUGGUUCAUUGGCACGAUAUACAUGCUCAAUUAAUACAACUUGUACGUGUGCGCUCGGGCGAGUGUGUGUAUAGUAUGUGUGUAUACGUAUAUACACAUGUAUGAACAUAUAUAAAUAUACGUAUAUACAAAUGUAUUCACGUACCCACUAACGCAAGAGUUCUAGUUACUCGCGAUAUAGAAUAAACGGCAGAUAUUCGUGUUCUACACAUAUUGUUCAGUUCAUAUAAUUAUUCUUGAUACAUAUACACACUUGACCGUACUACAUCAACAAUUCGUGCUUGCGAUCGUCGAUCACCAUUUAGUUUUUUUAUUUUUGUUCGUUUGUUUCCUGGAUUUACAUCCGAUUUCUUUUCGCGAACAAGUCGUGAGUUCCUAACGGAAAAACAAAGUAGUAAUAAGCGUCAAAUUUUGUUGCUACGACGACACUUGCCGUCACGGCCGUGAUCAACGACGACGACGACGACGACGACGACGACGACGACGACGAGGGAGAAGAACUAAUAGUAACGAUUAAACGGUAUUAAAAGUUGAAUGUAUGCCUACCACUGAAACGAACAACGGAGUGAAGGUAAAUAAAUAAUCAUGCGGAAAGCUAAAAGUUUUGAGGAGUGAAGUAAAAGAAUAGAAACACCGAUAAUUAACGGAACGCCCGUCAACGUGACUUGAUCACACGCAAGUAAAGCUGGUUUCACUUAUACAUAUAUACGAAAGAUACGUUACUGACAAACCCGCGCUAACUUUAACUCUCAACUCCACCUUGGUUUUUUCGACGCUGCUGCCGCUCAGUGCGCUGCGUACCUUAUAAAAUAAAACCGAUAAGGUGCGCGCAGUGUUAAAAUUGAUGUGAAAGAAAUCAUAUAAUCAUAAAACAAGGUUGACAGUAUAAUUAUUAUAAUUAACAAUAAUCUGAAUUUGACAAAUACAACGACGAGUAAUUGCAAAGGUGUCACGAUAAAGCAUCGAAGAAAUAAAGUGAGAGAGGUGGUGGAGCUAGUGUGUUGUGUACGUGUGGAACGUGUACGUGGGAAAACGUAGGUUGAUUGAGUUGGAAGUACGAGGGACGAAGGAGACACUUUCAAAGAGGAUUUCUGUGAAAUAACAGAGCUCAUCACGGAAAAUAUGAGCAUUGCUGCCCUUUUGGAGGCCGCCGAAUACAUCGAAAGAAGAGAACGGGAGGCUGAACAUGGCUACGCAUCGACAAUGCCGAUACCAGAUGACAUUCGGACCGUUGUCAAGAGGACCAAGACAAAGAAAUCCCAGGGCAGCAGAACUACUCAUAAUGAACUGGAAAAAAAUAGACGGGCGCACCUCCGAACCUGUUUGGAAAAGUUGAAAGUGCUUGUACCAUUAGGUCCCGAAACUUCGAGACACACCACCUUGGGCCUUCUCACAAAGGCGAAACGCUUCAUUAAGAACCUCGAGGAACGCGAGCGAAAGUACGCCGUUCACAAGGAGCAAUUGUCUCGGGAGCAUAGAUUUCUCAGGCGGCGACUCGAACAGCUGACAACGCUGCAGCCGGGUCACUUGCAUCCCCUUCGCUCCAAUGGACAGCAUCAUGGCGUGACCUUGAGUUCGAGCGCACCCACCCCAAGUUCUGCCGCUACCGGUUUACUUUCGAAGAGACGCAGCAUAUCCGAGUGUUCGGUGGGUACCGCUUUCUCCGCCAGCUCAACCACAAGCUCGCGGAACUCCGACAGGUCUGCGGGCAGCCCUUCAGUCUCCGAAUCCGACGAGGUCGAUGUAAUUGGGUACACGAGUAACCAAUCUGACACCGAUGAUCACAGCAGCGUUCAGAGCAGCAGCGACAGCGGCGUCGCUAUGUCCACCUCCAGGCUGACCCUCUCUGAAAUGAUGGAUAACCUCUAGAUGAAGAUUUUUGGUGGAGGCGGCGGCGGUAGCAGCAACAGUGAUGGUGACGAGUGCGGUCAGGAAGCUUUGAAGAAGGUGCCGCACCGAACGAACGGGAAUGUAGGUAUGUGGUUCGCGAGAGCCACAAAAAGUGAAUAAGGAGUCGGAUGGUGAAGGAAAUGGCGGGUGAGAAUAUAAAAGCGGUCGUGUAGGCGGGAUAAGCCGAGGGUAAAGAAAGAAACAAGUUGAAUGAUACUGAGGAAAAAUAUACGUACGCACGGUAGGAGGUAGAGGAACGAAGCAACGCGACAUUGAUAGAUGGACGUCAAGAAAUCUGGGCAAUGCAAAGAGAGAUGGAAAAUUGAAUUUCGAAGAUUGACAUUUAGGGAUCGCGAGUAAAUAGGCUGUGUGCAAAUAUAAUACCGCAGUUAUAAUAACGAUCGAGAGAAGCAAGUCCCAUCUGUACUAGACGGUGAACGGGGCAUAAUUGUUAUCACCUGUGACCGCCGUCGAAGUACCACGACUAUUGUCAGUCGCUCAUUAUUUCGUGUCGCAUGAAAAUCAGCAGGGAUUUGUAUAAUAUCCAACCGGAAAAUAAUAAUAGGUACGUCUGAUGCGUCGGAGGAGAAAACCAAAAAGUAUAUUGUGACACCGUGCAAAGUCGACAUCGGAGGUAUAAUCGCAAUCCACGGAAGGACGAACAAAUAUACAUAAAAUAAAGCGAAUGGAAAAGAUGAACGUAAUAUGGUGGUGGAUUAUUAGUGAAAAAUUGAAUAUUAUAAUACGCAUCGGUGUAGAACCUCUGCGACAUUAUUAUGAGCGUAUGUGUGAAUUGUUCAAUACCAAUGUUGCAUGAAAUUAUUAAAUUAUUUUUAUGACCGUGAUGCGGACAAGCUAUGAAAAAAGAAGUAAGAGAUAGAGAGGGAAGCUAUAGAAGAGAAGGUAGAUCGAAAGAUAGAAGCGAGCCCGGCAAACAAAAAGUUCCAAAACAAUGAACAUCCAUACCUAUACAUAAAGUAAAAAAAAAAAAAAUAAAAAAAUAAAAAAAUAAAAGAUCGCAGAACGAUAUAAGUCAGGUGAGUGUGUUAAUUGAGUGACUUAUUGUCACUGAUUUGGUGAUUGUACAUUCGAGAGUCUGAAAUUAUAAGCAUUAAUUAACCGUCUAUCACGAGAGAUGGAGAGUUGCAGUUUUUUGCGGCGAUCCACUCUAUUAGGGUAGAAUUAUUCAAUCAAUAAUUUAAAUGAAUUAUAAUUAUAUUAUUACGAUAAUCUUACUGAAUAGUGCAUGAUGUUAGUAUUUUAAUCAACAUCAUCGUCAUCAUCGUCGUCGGUGUCGCCAUCACUCUCUCUAUUUUUCUUAUUAAAAAUACCAUAAUUUCUGAAUCAUCUGAUUGUAAGAAUAUACAUAUGUGUAGUCACGAGAGGCUCACUAUCUAUAAAGCAAGCUGGAUGACCAAUUCUUUUUCUGAUUGUGCGUAUAAUAGUCAUGCGUACUUCUCGUUGAUGUUACAGACAAAAAAAAACUAACGAAUCAGAAUUUUAAUUUACAUCAAUUAAGUUGUAAGGUUAUCGUUGGUAAAGUUUGUUAUACGACUCGUACGAUAUUGUUCAUUUUUUGUGUCACCUCGCGGUUGACAGGGAUUUCAGGACGUUCUCGAUUCGCGAAUUCAUCGACGUUACAAGUUAAUUGAGGAAUUGGAUAUUUCGCGAAUAAACUCAUGUCGGCAUAUAUUGUUGCAAGUAUAUUAGCUUGCGAUGAAGUGUGUUCGUCUCUGAGUUUACGUUUCUUUAUUUUUUUUUUUUCUUACGAAUUUUUAUAAGAUGCGAUGCAAAAUGCAGUUAGAGCCAACGGAUCCCCGACCAAAUCCAGAAUGAUACGUACGGGACGACGUUUCGGGAUAUUUCAAACAUGAAUAAAAGAUUGAGGAACUGAGGACCGAAAAUUGACGCACCGAUUUGACGGACACCGACCACGGAUCGAUAUGCGGUGUAGACUGAAAUUGUAAACGUAACGAAAGAUCUCUUGAAAAAUAUAAAUUAAAAACUUUAAAACCCAAAGAAAGAAACUGAAGGGGACACAGAUACGACUGCGCGCAUUUAGUAAGAUAUAAAUUUUAAUGCAUGACCGCUAAGUGACAAUGAAGAGAUUCUGUCAUAAGAUGGAAAGUCGGUUCUCACGAUCAAUCUGCUGAAAUUAACCGGGUGAGCGUGAUGCUGAAUUUCCCAAAUUGGAGAGUGAGGUGGGUGUAACAAACCCAUAGGAUUCAUGUAGCCUUUUCAUGUUAAAAUCUUAAUUUUUAUUAUUUUACUUAAAUUUUACUAAAUUUCAAUAAGCUAUUGCUUAAAUUUUAUAGGAAAAUGAAAGUUAAAGUAACAUCCUUGUUCAGAACUUUGAUAUUUAUUGAUAAAAUCAACGAGACACAGCUUUCAAAAUAUCGCGAUUAUUUAUCAAGGGUGAAGUGUAAUGCAUUCAACCUUAUGCUCGCCGAGUGUCUAACUGUUUUAGUUGUGAUCACGCCAAGCUUACAUGUGAAACCAAACACAUGCACAUGAAAUCAAAACUUAACUUCAUUUCAACGUUUCUAUGUGAUUGAUAAUUGGGGGAAAAUUUUCCGGCUGUGAUCUUUAAAAGGUUACCGGGGCACGUGACAUGGAAUUUUAGAGACAUCAACCACGGGGACAUAAUCCUCAUGGUUCAAAAUGACUGUUAAAAUGAUUGAUAGUUAUCUUUGAAAGAUGUGAAAUUAACGAACAAAUCAGAAUUGUGAAAAAAAUGAUACAAGUUCAAAUGAAGAAAGGGGGAGUCAUAUAUAGAUGAAUAAAAUCAUAUACUAUACAUGUAAAUGAAUAUACAUAUAUGUAUGCUGUAAGUUUGACGGACAACGUGACGGACACCGAUGUAUUCUGUCAUCAUGCGGUGGUUCCGCAUACGCACCUCACAACAUUAUGAAAUGGAUGGUAUCUAAUGCCGCGUAUAUAGAUUAAUAAGUAUAAUAGGGGAUAAUAAUUAAAUGUGUUUGAACGAAUAAUUAUACGAUAGCUGUAUAAGACGUACAAGGAUGCACCUUAUCAGUUUUUUGGUCCGGUCGCACCGUGCAUUCUUUUGUGUUUAUAUAUUACAAUCGGUGUACACGAACUUCGUUCAUAAGUGAUGUAGUUAGACACUACGCGAUAAUAUCUCCGGUGGACCUUACGUACGAUGGAUGCGGGUCGAGCGGUGCCGAAUCCCCACCUCUGCCGUCGCGAUGCUGUCAAUUCCCCUAAUGAUAUUUUGCGCCAACUUAAUUCAUAUCGCGUAUUGUCUUACUACGCCAAUUAUGACUGAGGUUUAUGUACAUUGCUGCUAAAGAUAUACGCGCGUGUUCGCUUUAGUUUCAUCAGAGGAACGCGUUUAUCUGGCGUACAAAUAACUUGCAACACUCGUGAUUGCGAUAGCCUGGUUGAGUUGGUUCUGAAUCGCUUCGCGGCCAAGCGCGCGUUUGGACAAAUUUUUCGUGUAGCUGGACCGGCUACAGAGAGUUGUCUGAGCGAGCUUGGCCGCGAAGCGAUUCAGUAUCAACCUAACCGUAUAUGAUUGUGUUUUAUGAAUUGUGAUAGCUAUGCAACGUGCUGUAAUCAAGUAGAUCAAUAUUACAGAGAUGCAUUUGCAUGCGAGUUUAAGAAUGAUACAGGGUUUAUUAGAAGCCACGCGAUACCUAACCUACGCCUAUACCUGUGUAUGCAUGUUAUACAGGGAUAAUAUGUGGAAACUAGCCACUCCGUACGCCUGACUAGCGGCAACUUGACAUACCCUCACCAAUCCACAAAAUUUUUACUCGCGUGAACCGACGCUAGCGGGGGAGCCGCAGAGGUUCACGCACGUGAAAAUUAUGUGGAUUGGUAAGCGUACGUCAAGUUGCCGGCAGGCAGGCGUACGGAGUGGCCAGUUUCCACACACCAUCUCUGAAUUAUUACAUCAUUGUAUCAUUUUAUCGUUAUAUUAUUAUGAUAAAUGAUAAAUGAGAGUAUCUCGACAUCACAGAACCAAGUACAAAAUGUAAAACUAAUUUUCCUUGCACUAACUGUGAUGAAAGAUGAAAUGUUGAGAAAUGUAGGUUAUUAAAUGAGAUACAUUGUAUGUUAUGAUACUAUAAUUACCUCGGUAAUCGACGUUUACGAAUAGAUGGUAAAUCACAUAUACGUCAACGUGUGUGUUCACUUUGAUCAACGGUAAUCGCUGUGAAUUAUCGCUGUAAAAAUGCAUGGUACGAAAUUGUUCUACAAGAUCCCAGGCCAGCCAGUUCCCUCGAAAAUGUGAUAGUAAAAUUAAACACUUCUCUAAGUUGCCGAGGCGUAUGUAUGUACACAAGCGCGACCGGGGCACGUGAAAGUAUAAAACGUAGGCGUAAGGGAAAUGGAUUUGGAAAGAAGGAGAAUAAAAUUCACUUAACCGCCGUUAAAGUUAAACUCAUACGUAAAUGGUGGAGGUCACGCAGCAGCAACACGAGUUAUCGCAAUAUUCAGCCCAAGUUCGAAAUUAACAGAUAGAAGCGAGUAAAAAAAUUACAAACAAAUAAUAAUGAUUGAAAAACAUGUGAUUGGAGUAGAAAAAAUUGAAGUAAUAAAAUGGAACUUCGUAAUUAAAUUAACAAGAUACAGUACACCCGUACAUCUAGCACGUGGCAUGACGAUCGUCGAUGCAACGAUAAUGUGGGGUAUUAUCCCUUCGCGGAUGGAAGAUGAGACUCCAUCGCUCUAAUUUCUUUCAAAGGAAACCUGACUGUUUGAUAAGAUGGACGUUCGCGAGCCGCUUCAUAAUACGUGUCCGCAACGGUAAACAGGUUUGAGCGGCUAAAUUUGUCGACACUCAUUCGCAAAGGGUUAUAAUUUACAUGUAAAGAUAAUACAUUGUAAUAAUAAUGAUAACAGUGAGGAGGAUACUCGUAACAUAUAGAAGAUAGAAAGAAAUAGCUAAAGGAAGGGAUAAUAAAAAAAAAAGGAUAUUAAAAGGAAAGGCGUAGCGAGAGUACGGCGUACGAGUUGCGUUGUGCCCAAGUGAUAAACGUGACAACUCAACAACGCUAAUGUGAGUGCUGAUAAAGAGCACAAGUACACAUUCAAGUUCCCCUUCAACGCUCCCAUCCAUCCCCUUUCAAUUUGCCGUAUUCCCAUCGGGAUUUUCAAAAUUUCGUUCAAAUAUUGCUGCAGGAAUUUUCGACGCCACAAAACACUUGCCGAAACCACCUAGAAAAAAUAUGUCAGCCCAUAAAGCUAGUAUUUGCUAUUCUGGAGUUUAAGCUAUUCAGGGUGUUUUCGACUUUUUCGAAAAAGUAGGAAAUGUAAAUUUUCUUAUUUGUUUCUGGAAGAGGUUGCUAGAUGGCCGAAGUCGUGAGCAAAUGACUAACAAUAAGAUAGUGCAAUCACUUCAAUGUAACGGUCAAUGCUGCAAAGUUUGUUGACCGAAGGACCUCGUUUUUUCAACCAGCAUAACUUCCCGGCACCACAUAGAGAAAUUUUAACCUCUUAGCUUUCCCGGAAUAGUCGAAAAUACGCACAAGUACUUGAUACCAGGAGUGAUACGCAUAAAAAAUGAUGAAAUUAUUUAGUGAUCCAAUACCUUUAAUGAAACUAUAUACGUAUAGACGAAAUUAUGAUAAGUGCUCCAUUCGCGGUACAAAUACAUGGAGAUGAAUUUCGAUACCUGAAACAUACAUGGCGUAGUUUUAAGCACGUAAUUCUCGAGUUAAUAAAAAUGAAUGAAUAAAUCAAAAUUGAUAAUAAUAUUUACUUGUGAUCGCAGUAUAUGGAUUGAAACAAAGUUGACAGAAACCAAAAAAGAUGCAAAUUUAGGAAUUAUUAAAAAAAAAUGGGAAAAAAAUAAAAUUUAUCCGGUAUGACGGCGGUUUUUGAGAUUGAAAUAUUAACUCAACUGAUGAAGUUCGAUGAUGUACAAAAUAAAUAAAAGUGGUGUGUCACCGCUUCACUGCGUAAUUCCCCAACUCUAGUUCGGUAAAGACCCCUGAAAAUUCGUAACCAUAAAGUUAACCUUGACCGUUGAAUUCAAGGUCAUAAUUCGAGGUCAAUUUGUCAUUGGCUCGAAAAUUAUCGUUUGUUGUGGGAAACAAAAAUCUAAAAGGCACCAUUAUGGUUUUUUCCGAUGGAGGAAAUUUCUGGGGUGAUAAAAUUUUUUCACCUGCGGUGUGAACGGUAUUGAGGUCAAUUUUGCAGCCACGAAUUUUCAUGGAACUUUAGCAUCCUUGAGCUGGAAAAUUAUCAGUCAAAGCGGUAACACGUUGAUUUUAUACACCUUGUACGACACAUUUAAUAAACAUACAACACGCGUGAAGUGGAAUAAGGUUUCGACAUAAUUAUGGUUGUGAAUCAGUUAUUUCAUUAAUCGUAAAUUCAACGAACGAUAUAUUACGUGUCCAGUAUUAUACACGUAAAUGAUCAUGUACACGCGUAUUUUCAAAAUUCAUUCUUUUGAGAGAGAGAGAAACAAAGGAAAACAAACCAACAGAACAAACAUACUAAGGCACAAGCAAUCAUGUCGAGGUAUGAUAUGAUCAUUUCUACUAUGAACCAGUGAUUAUGAAUUACUCAUAGGUAGAAUACCGAAGCUAUGUUGAAAGUGCAUUGACAGAACAUAACAAAGUUUAAUGAUAGAAACAUAACCUCGUCGCACCCUUACAAAGCUCCCGUUGAAAAUUUAACGGAAAGACGGUUACAAGAAUCAUACAAGAGCAAUAAUACCAAAAAAAAAACAGAUGAGAACAAUAACAAUAUGAUUAUUGAAGAAUCCUCCAUGCAUGCGUUUGUAAAAAUGAAAGGAAACUAUGGAAUAAAAUUUAUAACGAUGACGAUGAUGAUGAUGACGGUGAUAAUACCACCGGGGUUAUUAUCUUCUAACUUUUGAUGAAAAGGAUCUUCUUCCGUGUAAACAUUUCGCUGCUUUUAUUGUUUAGAUCAAUAAACUAUAUUAUUGUUGUUAUGAUUAUUGUAUCGAUACGCGUGACACUGAUCGUGCAGAGGAAUGGAGACUAGAUUUAUAAAUGCCCAAAUGAAAUUGUCCCUCACGUGUCCGGCAGCUGUGCAUUCUUUCUUCUUAUAUCCAUGCGAUGGGAGGUAUAUGUCGUAUAAGACCGAAACCGAUUUUCAAUGAACAAGAAGAAUUAUUACGAAAUAUUAGUUUUACACUCGGAGAGGCUAUAGUUCGGAUCAUCGCGUCGAUAUCGUUGCAUUUUCACUGAAACUUGAAGUAAAUUCGAUGAAUCGAUAGAAUUCGAUUCGUAGCAUCAGAUCUAAUAGCUAUUGUAAUAUCCAUUUAUUUCCGGUCACGUAUAUGCAUAGGCUAAUUGGCGACACUCCUUCAGAGUAAAGAGCGGUCCUUUGCUCGGUUGUUGUUGAGCCACGCCACUGCAGGAUUACACAGCUCUUUGAAAAUCAGUCACGGCCCGACACACCUGCCGGUAAAAAGAAAGAGAGCGACACAAAGUAACGGGGUAACAAAUUAAGGGGUGUAAGCCAAUGAGAGAGUAAACUCCGACAAAAAUAAAGAAAAGGGAUACAAUUUAAGAUCUAUCGUCAGGAAAAACACUCACGGAGGGAGGGCCGAUAACAAUCUGCCGCGAAGAGCGACAGCAAAAAGAAAUUCCCUGGCCCUUUAGCCACUAACAAUAACAACAUGUGAUUAUUAACAGGAGAACGCUUAAUGACAAGUAAAAACUGCAAAAAAUUAAUGAAAAAACGAUAUCAUAAAAUUAAUACAGAUGUCCAAAAAAAAAAGAGGCGACACAAGAGAGAGAAUUCGUCAGUAAAAAUAAUAGUUGUAGCUGAAUGAUUGAAGGAGCAUACAGAUUUUCUCACGUCAUUACUUUGACAAGAAUGAUGGAAAAAGUAACAAUAAAAACCGAUGAAUUAUUUAUAAAUUGAAGUAACGGAUGGGUGAAAUUGGAGAACAUUAUAUUAGGUAUGUUAAUACUAUGGAGUAGAGCUACGUCUGAAAAUUAGAUUUAUUUAAGAGCAAUCUUGUGGUGAAUUCGGUAAUUACACUCGAUCCAUUAUGUUACUGCGAUCAAUAUGGACUUCAGAUUAUUCCAAACUAUGGUUGAAAUUCUCUGUGAAAGUAGCAGAAUGUAAUGGAAGAAAAUAAUUGAACAAACGUAUCAACGACGACACGAUAACAUAUAAUUCAAACGCAGGUGAUUGUAAGAAAUAUUAAUAUUAUCAUAAUUAUCGUUUAAUAUUGUGGUAAGUUUGAAGAUACUGCAUAAAAAUAAAUGAAUAAACAAAAAUUAUCAUUACUAUUGUAUUAUCAUCCUCAUCAUCGCCACCAUCACCACCGUCAUUUAUUAUAUUAUUAUUAUUAUUAUUAUUAUUAUUAUUAUUAUUAUUAUUAUUAUUAUUGUCAUCAUUGUUGUUGUUAUUGUCAUUAUCAUUAUCAUUAUUGUUGGUAUUGUACAUAUUACUUUUAACUCUACUGAUAUUGCGUCAUUUUGAUCUGAUACUUUCGCGAUUCUGCAGAAAAUAAAAAAUUUGUGUAUCAUUGAAAAA